AUAUAAGCCACUCGACAAGAUGAAGGUUGCUUGGGAGCGUUUGAUUCGAUUUGUCGCGACAGAUGGACGCGUCCUCUACGGAGAGCCAAUCCUUCCAACCCCAGACUUUGACAUUGGCGACACUACCGAUAAGACAAAACUACGGGCGAAAAUCAUUGAAGGAAAUGACUUGUACGACACUACAGGGGCCACUCGGGUGACCGAUGACAUCGUCACUGUGAAGAAACUUCUUGGCCCGAUGACACCCUUGGAUGUGCCCAUCCUGCGCUGUGUUGGACUGAAUUAUGCGACACACAUUCGUGAGGCUGGCCGGAAGCAGCCGCCCUUCCCCUCCAUCUUCUUUAAACCCUCUACGACUAUUACCGACCACGGAGCGAGCGUGGUGAUCCCAAAGAUUGCUCAAGAUGACCAGGCGGAUUACGAAGGCGAGCUGGUUGUCGUCAUAGGUAAAGAUGCAAAGGACGUAGCCGAGUCCGAUGCACUCGAAUACGUCGCUGCAUACACCGCAGGAAAUGACAUAUCGUCGCGAAAAUGGCAAAGAGACCCAGCCCUUGCUGGAGGUGUCCCGCAAUGGGGUUUCUCCAAAGGUUUCGACACCUACGCGCCGCUCGGCCCCGUCCUCGUUUCGGCCAGCCUGGUUCCUAAUCCUGCCGAGCUUCACCUCCAGACGAUCGUUGAUGGAGAGUUACGCCAAGAUGCGGGGUUGGACGAUCUUGUAUUUUCUAUCCCCAAGCUGAUUGCCCAUCUAUCUUCCGGAACUACUCUACAGAAGGGUAGCGUUAUUAUGACGGGUACCCCAGGAGGAGUUGGUGUUGGUAUGAAACCACCACGAUUCCUUGUUCCUGGAACGAAUAUGGAGGUGAAAAUUUCGAGAAUAGGGACUCUGAGAAACGGCGUCGAAUUUUCUCCAUAA